AUGAGUGAAAAUCAGAGGAAACAACACUUUGUGCUAGUACAUGGUUCGUGCCACGGCGCAUGGUGCUGGUACAAGGUCAAGCCGUUGCUCGAGGCGGCGGGUCACCAGGUAACCGCUUUAGACCUAGCUGCCUCCGGGAUAGAUACAACAAAGUCGAUCACUGAGAUUCCCACAUGUGAACAAUACUCUGAGCCAUUAAUGAAGCUCCUGAGCUCAUUACCCAGUGAUGAGAAGGUUGUGCUCGUUGGUCAUAGCUUUGGAGGUUUGACCUUAGCCACGGCCAUGGAUAACUUUCCCGACAAGAUCUCUGUCUCUGUCUUCUUGACUGCUUUCAUGCCCGAUACCAAAAACUCACCAUCCUUCGUCUUGGAAAAGUUUGGAAGCAACAUGCCACAAGAAGCAUGGAUGGACACCGAAUUCGAACCAUACGGCUCAGACAAUUCCGGGCUGAGCAUGUUCUUUAGCCAUCAGUUCAUGAAGCUCGGCCUCUAUCAACUUUCUCCAAUUGAGGAUCUUGAACUUGGAUUGCUUCUAAAGAGGCCUGGAUCAUUGUUUGUGAGCGACUUAUCCAAGACGAAGAACUUCUCGGAUGAAGGAUAUGGAUCUGUUCCAAGAGUUUACAUAGUGUGCAAAGAAGACAAAGCCAUUCCGGUAGAAUACCAAAAAUGGAUGAUUGAUAAUUUUCCAGUGAAUUUAGUGAUGGAAAUGGAAGAAACGGAUCAUAUGCCAAUGUUCUGCAAACCUCAACAGCUAUGUGACCACUUCCUCGAAAUCAUGGACAAAUUCGCUUAA